AGUAGUGCUUGCUACUAGUCGGCUCGCGAUACCACGGCAAGGCAUCAGACAUGGCCGGCGCCCGCGCGACGCCGACGCCGCCGUCGCCGGCGCCCCGCGCCGAGGUUGUCGUCCCGACGGACUGGGCCUCCGCCAUCUCCCUCGCCUCGUCCCAUCCCACGCCUCCGGUAGUAGUCGUGUGCGGGCCCAAGAACAGCGGCAAGUCCACCUUCUCCCGCCUCCUCCUCAACGCGCUGCUCCCCAGGUAUGGGAGAGUUGGGUAUCUGGACACGGACGUGGGGCAGCCGGAGUUCGCGCCGCCCGGGUGCCUCGCGUUCCACGUCGUCGACGAAGCUAUUGCAGAUUUGCUUAAUCCAACUCUACGGGAGGCUGAAAGAUGCUGCUUCUUUGGUGAUAUUUCUUCAAAAAGGGAUCCGGAAGCAUAUCUGAAUUGCCUAUUCCAUUUGUACAACUACUUUGUUGAAAAAUACCGACGUGAUGUGAAUGAAAUGCUACUACCUUUAAUUGUCAACACUCCUGGCUGGGUAAAAGGUGCUGGUUUUGAUAUGCUCGUAGAGAUGCUAAGGUGUAUCUGCCCCACAAUUGUUGUUCAGAUUCGCAUCACGACGCAGAGCAAGAAUCUCCCUGAUGGAAUGUUUUGGCUAGAUGGUGGGCAAACAGGACCUAAGAUGAUCAACGUCAAUGCUGCAUUCCGUGAUGCCUCGAAUAGAUCAUUGUUAAUUCAGAAAGAUUCAUGUGGAAUGCGUGAACGCCGACUUGUGGAGUACUUGAAGCAAUGUUUUCCAACCAACAUAUCUCUGACGACAAAUAAGGAGCUUGCUUAUGCGCUAGCUUCACUUCCACCAUAUCAAGUACCAUUUUCAGAUGUUACAGUUAUGCAUCUUCAUUGCGAGGUACCUGCUGGUGAGAUAUGGCAUAGUCUGAAUGCCACAAUAGUUGGUUUGGCAGUUUCCAACGCAUCUGAGGCAACCGGAUCAAUCCCUUGCUGUGUUGGGCUAGGUAUUGUCAGAGGCGUUGAUGUUCAAAAAGGCCUGUUAUAUGUAAUAACUCCUGUUCCUCUUCAACGUCUGCAAAGCGUAGAUCUUUUGCUGCAGGGACUCAUUGAGAUACCUACAUCUCUUUUGCAGGUCCGUGGAUGCGUGUCCCCGUACAUGUCAACAAAUGUACUGCACAAGAUAUCAGAAAGGGAUUUAUACGCGGAAUGAUGCCUGACGUAAGCAUGUUUUGUCCAAAGGAGAUGAACGCCUCUAUAGCAUCAGUGCUGCCUGUAUCUCUUUGUUCCCGACCCCAGGAGAGGAAAUGUGGUCAGAACGGCAUGUCCAGUUGCCUCGAUUAGUACUACCAUUAGCUAGUAAGCUCUUAGGAUUUGGAUACUCACUCAGAUUUGUCAGAUGUAUACAACUCAAAAUUCGUCAUUUGGCACGCCGGGAAUCCAUUUUCAUUGUUUGAAGUUAUUGUUUAUGCUUGUUUCAACAUUUUUUUAACUCAAUAAUAUGAUGUAAGGUUUUUCA